AUGAAUCGAAGUACCGGCCGCGUGGGACACAUUAUUGAUUGGGAAGUAUCGGAGGGCCCAGGGACUCGUGAAUACGAAGUACGGCAGACUCCAUGUGUCCAUGCCACUGGCCGAAGCGGUUGUGGUGGUGGAGGGCGGUACGAUCCCGAUCUGCUGCCCGUUGACGAUGUAGAUGCAGACAAGCUAGCAGCCACCCCAUGGACCAACCCGUCUGAUCUCAGCUGUCCGCUGGUCUCCUAUACCUCGAAAUAG